UCCUCAAAUAGCAAAGCAUUCCUUGUUUAGAAGGUCUUUGAGAACUUCUAACUGUUUCAACUCUCAACCUUUGUUGUGAAUCUAUAUUACAUAUAAAACCAUGGGUUUCCGUUUGCCUGGUGUAGUUCCCGCUAAGAUCCUUAAACGGUCUCUUUCAAAUUCAAAGAAAGCAGAUUCAGUUGCAGUAGAUGUCCCAAAAGGCCAUUUAGCAGUUUAUGUUGGAGAUAUAGAAAAGAAGCGAUUUGUGAUUCCUCUAUCAUUCCUAAACCAGCCUUCAUUCCACGACUUGCUAAGUCAAGCUGAAGAAGAAUUUGGAUUUGAACAUCCAAUGGGCGGUCUUACAAUUCCCUGUCGAGAAGAUGCCUUCCUUGAUCUUGUCUCUCGCUUGAAUGCCCCAUGAGACUGGAGAAACUUCUAUGGAAGAAAAUUAUGUAGACUCAUUAACAAUUUUUGUAAAGUAGACAGUCAAUAUCAUAUAUUUAGCGCAAUUUUUUGGUCUCUUCCCUCUGUGAGGGUGAAAAAGUCCCUCCCUAAAUUAGAAAUGUACAGAGAAAAGAUAUUAUUGCAAAUUGUCAUUACAAAAAGAACAGUCCAUUCAAAGAAGUAUUGGGUUAGGACUUCUUAUUUUCUUUUUAGAUUCUGAAAUAGAUCCUAUAUCUUCUUGUUUUUCAAUCAUUUACUCAUGUUAUAAAUUUUUGCUCAUAUAUAAUUUGCUUAAUCCGAAUCCAGUGGGUGUAUAAUUUUGUAUUUUUAAUUGUGAAAAUGCUAUUGGUAUGUAAUUUUGUGGUUAUAUUGGCCUAAUGAAUCAAUAUAUGAGCAUCGACUGUUACA